CCUAAAAUCUUAGCUGUUCCUUCUGUCUUCUCUCAAUCUGAACCUUCCCCACUCCCCCUUUUCCCCUUAUAUAUACCCACACGCUUCCUUAUCGCAUUCACUUCAUCUCCAAUUAGAAGAAAAAAUAAACAACGCAAAGACCAGAGCAAGAAGAAGAAGAAGAAAAUUUUCAACCAAGCUUAAUGGACUACUCUUCAUCGCUGGUCGAUAUCUCUCUAGAUCUCAAUCUCAACCCUCUCCGGCGCAGCGACGACGGACCCGCCUCCGCCCUUUCCGUCAAAAAGGAAUGGAGCUUCGGUGUUCCUUCAGCUCCGGCUAACUUCAUGGGGCUAGGAAUGAAGGUUUCUUCCGUGAAAGAAGAGUCGACGGCGACGGAGACGGCGGGGGCUCUGGUGGAGGAACUGAACAGGGUGAGCGCGGAGAACAAGAAAUUGACCGAAAUGUUGACGGUGAUGUGCGAGAACUACAACGCUUUGAGGAAUCAAUUGAUGGAUUACAUGGCCAGAAACGCCCAUCCUGCCGAGGCGGCGGCCGCGGAGCAAGAGGUCGAGAAGGAACAGAGUCCUUCUUCCCUCUCCCCUGCUUCCUCCAGAAAAAGGAAAUCCGAUAGCGCCAACAACAACAACAACGACAAUUACAACCUUCCAGUCGCUGCCAACAACAACAACAAUGGCAACUCGGAGAGCAGCUCCACCGACGAGGAAUCUUUCAAGCGGCCUCGUGAAGAAGUCAUCAAGGCCAAGAUUUCUAGGGUUUAUGUCCGAACUGAACCCUCAGAUACCGGCCUGAUUGUGAAAGAUGGGUAUCAAUGGAGGAAAUACGGCCAAAAGGUCACCAGAGAUAAUCCUUGCCCGAGAGCUUACUUCAAAUGCUCUUUUGCUCCCAGCUGCCCUGUUAAAAAGAAGGUUCAGAGGAGUGUCGAGGAUCAAUCGGUAGUCGUCGCGACAUAUGAAGGAGAGCACAACCAUCCUCACCCAUCAACACCAGAGGCAGCAGCUGCAACAGCAGCAAGCUCCAGCAGCCGCAACCAGGCCAUUGCAGGCUCACCAUCCCUCACUGCUGGACCAACAACCAUGACACUGGACCUCACUAAAUCGAAGCCCAGCGCGGCCAGUACGAGCGCGAGGAACGUUGUUGCUCCUUCUCCUAAACCACUAGCAGGAGCAGUUGAUGGUCCUGAAAUUCAGCAGUUCUUGGUGGAGCAGAUGGCUACUUCAUUGACCAAAGACCCAAACUUUACAGCAGCUCUGGCCGCAGCCAUCUCCGGGAGGAUGCUUCAGCAGAACCAUAGUGAAAGGUGGUAGAUAGAUGGUGGAAGAGUAUAUUUAGUUAUGUUUGUGUUUUAGGCUGUUCUUGUUGCAACUCCAUCGUGAGCAAAUGUGUAGAUAAGAAUCUAAGAUAAUAUACUCCGUAGUUUUACAGCACAGAAACAGAGUGAUUAGAAAUGGACAAGUGAGGAUAUGUUAGAUUCAAUAGAACUUGUUGUGAAUUGCACAGUAAAUGGAGCAGUUUUCUCUGGGGUUUUCCCUUUGUAGCUUCAUUGCUUUCUCCAUAAUACAGUGUUUUGAAUCCUAUCCAAAAUGCCAGUCCCCCAAGUUAAAGUUUCAGAAUUCACCCAGUUGGUUGAUGAAGUGUGUGGCUACCAGAGUUUGUGGAAAUGAAUGUAAAACGUAGCAAGUUGGGAAGGGCAAGGAUAAUAGUCG